AAAAAAAAGAAAAAAAACCACCAGUGUUAAUUUUAAUGUCAUUACGGAAGCAGGUUGUCAUUACCAUCACAAUACAUUUUUUUGAUAAAAAAUGUUAUUUUAUUGUUAACUUGGGUUUUCCCUAAAUCACUGUGAUGAUGUUUAAAAGUCUAAAUUUGCAUUUUCAGAAAAAUAUACAUUGCAAUUCAAAUAUUCUGAUUAAGUCAGAGAGAACAUGUUGUUAAAAUGUAUUUUAAAUGUACUUACAAAUAUUUAGAAUAUGAUUCUUAAAGAGCAUGUUUUGUACUUACUAGAAUAAUUCUGAAAACUUUGCUUGUCAAAUUGUUUUGUAUUAAAAUCAGUUGUUUUGUCUUUGUAAUGGUAAUGAUUUUUGCUGUGACAAAUUUGAAAAAAAAAAGCAUCAUAAUGUCAAAAUUAUCAUGAAGUACAAUCAAAGCUAUGCUAACAUCUAUGUUCCAGACCAAUUGAUAAACCUUUUGAAAUACAAAAAAAAAAAAAAAAAUAGAGAUUAAAGAACAUUAUUUUUUCAAAAUUCCAAAAGUCAAAAGUGCUCCGAAUUGAAGAAUCACCCUGGUACAAUCAAAUAAUAAAAAGGUUCAAUAUUAACCAGGGUUUCACAGUAAAUGAAUGACAUCUCUGGUGUCUGACUGCAUGCAGCAAAAGCCUCUUAAACAUCCUGAGUCCAUCUUUGAUUCACAGAGGAGUGCUCUCUUCUUUUAUUCUGAAGCUGUGUGGCCCUUUCUGUCCACAGUUCUAGAGGUAUAAAGAUGAAGCUUUUGUUUUGAAGGGUUUCAUCCUCUGUCAUGUGGUCGUUGCAAUUCCUGGAAACUUUUCGGAGAUGAAACCGAAAGUAGUGAAUAACGGACUGGUCACGUCUGUGGGAGUGUCAGAAACGUCUUUAGAGUCAGGGCUGUGUCCACGGAAAAGUGUAGUCUGUCCGCAGGGAUACUUCAUGACCAGAGAACCAUGGCGCUCCUCUUCCUCCUCUCUCUCUUCUUCACCCAGACUCUGAUCUCAUCUGCUGCUGACGGACCAGUGCUGGGAGUGAAAGAAGGAGAGGACGUUGUUCUACCCUGUUCCAUCAACAAAGACAUCACGUCAAACACCUUUGAGUGGACUAAAGUCAACAGUAAAGAGGUGUAUCUUUAUCAGAACAACGGAGCGCCAUUCAGCAACAAGCGAGAAGGUCGGGACAACCAGUUUAAAGAUCGAACGUCACAUUUUCAAGAAGAACUGAGCAAAGGCAACGCCUCCAUUAAGAUCACAGAGACAAAACUGGCUGACAGUGGAAUCUAGACGUGUUCUUUCAUAAAUCCAUCAGGUCCAACGUUCUCCGUUCAGCUUGUUG